AUGAAGGAUGACAAAUAUAAAGAAGAGAUACACUUAGAUCUGAGGUCAGUUUACCUUAGGUCUGAAUAUCCACUUCAAAUUCACAUCGAUAAGGGCAACAGAGCUGUAUCCGGUCGUUUUUUUAACCUCCACAACCACAAACCAACAUUUAAACUUCUCGCCGAAGACCAGGAAACUGUUUUAUUAACUGGAGGAUCUUUAACAGCACCAUACGUCAUGGAUCAGUUUCAUUUCCAUGUUUACUGUACAAGGGCUGAAGCUGAACAGCACACGCUAGAUGGAUCUCAGUUUCUGUUGCAUUUGGUAUUCUUCCGAAAGAAAUAUAAGAAGUACAACAAGGCUGUACACAGAUUUCAAGAUGGGCUUGUAGCAAUUGCAAUACCUUUGGAGGUUAAAGAGGAAGGAUACGAGACGAAAAACCCUCAAAUGGGAAAGUUUGCAUCUCUUGUGGACUACAUUUCGCGUAAUGAGAAUCACACGGUGGCAACAACUGCCUCGCUCAAGCAGUUGGCGACUCCGGUGUUUCACAAGGAUGCGCAGUACCAUGCGUACCGAGGAAACUUAGUGGAGCCUAUCCAAUGUCAUGACUGUGUUGACGUUUUUUUGACGAAAGAACCAAUCACUAUUUCUGUUAAUCAGAUUACAGAAUUCAGGAAGGCUCCACACUGCGUAGAAAAUGAUUGGGAAUUUUAGUAGUAAGAUGUCCAGACUUUAAUGCUUCCGACGAUUCUCCGACCAGCCUCAAAACAGAGUAUGCGUGACGCUAUAUGAACACCUUUUCUAAACUUAAUACUUCGAACCGCGCGCAACAGUUAAUCAUGAGAUGUGAACACAGUAGUGGGUCAUAUAGUAAAGAUAAGAUAAAGAAAAGAUAUGGAAUAAGGACGAAAACACAGUCAUUUCCGUGAAAUAACCCAGCCUGGUUGGCUUCAGGUCAAAUGUUAGCGUGAAAGAAUGAAACAAACCUCAACCCUUCUAAUCGGGUUGUAAGCAGGGGCAGGGGACUAACCCACCCUAGACACUUUUUUCACGAAAACGUUUACAAACUUUACUUCACACCAACAGGGUGCUACUUGCGGUGAUUCAACCCGGGUUAUAAAGCGACCCGUGGUCACAUAAAGAGGGCUCCCCCAAGCUGCCGUAUACCAUGUUCCGCUGGUGUGAUUUGAGUUGCGCAUUACGAAUUGUAAGCUUUUUUUUUAAUUACUAUUUUUAUUAUUUUUAUUAUUUACUGCUUUCUGCUGAGGUUAACACACCAUGUAACAGUUCACAAUUUUAAUGCAAUAAAUUUUAAAAACACGAA